AUGGCUCGCUUUCCCGCACAAAGCCGACCCGUCCACGCGACUUCCUUCGUCAGCCAUCCCGCUCCCGCCGAGUCGUCUAACUUCGACACCGCCAACCCUGCCUACAUCCGCAAAUAUCUCCGCACCUAUGGCUUGACGCCCCCGCGUGCGGAGUCAUACGAGACUCAGAAGACUCGCUGCCUGGCUCAAUUGGCUCUGAAGCAAACUGUUAUCGACAAAUUCCUUUACCUCAGCACUCUCCGCAAGAAUAAUGUCCACCUGUUCUACCGUCUGGUCACGGAUCACCUCAAGGAAUUGACUCCCCUCAUUUACACCCCUGUCGUUGGAGAAGCUUGCCAAAGAUGGUCUGAGAUCUACCAACAGCCGGAAGGCAUGUACCUGAGCUACGAGGACCGGGGCAACUUGGCUGCUGUCAUCGCCAAUUGGCCCCAGCCCAACGUCGAGAUCACUGUCAUCACCGAUGGUUCCCGCAUCCUUGGUCUCGGCGACCUUGGCAUCAACGGAAUGGGUAUCCCCAUUGGUAAAUUGGCGCUGUACACCGCAUGUGCCGGUAUUCGUCCCGAGGCUACUCUCCCCUUGACUCUGGAUCUGGGCACCAGCAACAAGGCUCUCCGGGAAGAUCCGUUGUACAUGGGUAGUCGACGUGAUAAGGUCACCCCCGAUGAGGAGCGUGAGUUCAUGGACGAGUUGAUGACUGCUCUGACCGAGCGCUGGCCUGGUAUUGUCAUCCAGUUCGAGGACUUCAAGAACCCCUUCCCCGCUCUGGAGCGUUACCGCGACGUUUACACGUGCUUCAAUGACGACAUCCAGGGUACUGGAGCUGUCAUCCUCGGUGGUGUGAUCAAUGCCGUCAAGCGCUCCGGCCUUCCCUGCAAGGAACACCGUGCUGUCUUCUUCGGUGCUGGCAGUGCUGGUGUCGGUGUUGCCAAGCAGAUCGUCGACUUCUUCGUCCGUGAAGGCAUGACCGAAGAUGAGGCCCGCGCCUGCUUCUACCUGGUUGACACCAAGGGUCUCGUGACUGCUGAUCGCGGUGACAAGCUCGCUGACCACAAGGUCUACUUUGCUCGGACCGACAACGACGGUCUGCAGCUGAAGACCCUUGAGCAGGUUGUUGACCACGUGAAGCCCACUAUCCUGAUGGGUCUUUCCACCAUGGGCGGUGUCUUCACCCCUGAGAUUCUCCGCAAGAUGGCCGACUGGAACAAGAGCCCCAUUGUCUUCCCUCUGUCCAACCCCUCCUCCAAGUCUGAGUGUGACUUCGAGACUGCUAUCACCAACACCGAUGGCCGGGUGCUUUUUGCGUCUGGCUCUCCCUUCCAGCCGAUGAGCUUCACCAACUCCGCCGGUGAGACUCGCACCUACUACCCCGGCCAGGGUAACAACAUGUAUGUCUUCCCUGGUAUCGGUCUGGGUACUAUCCUCUCCAAGGCGGUCAAGGUCACCGACUCCAUGAUCUAUGCCUCGGGUGAGGCUCUCUCCAAGGCUCUGACGGCCGAGGAGAUCGACAAUGGUCUCCUCUACCCCGACUUGACCCGCAUCCGCCAGGUUAGCGUUGUUGUGGCGCGCAAUGUGAUCCGUGCGGCCCAGGAAGCCAAGGUCGACCGCGAGACUGCCCUGCGCAACAUGGAUGAUGCCACUCUGGAUGCCUGGAUCAAGGCCCGUAUGUACGAUGCCCACACGGAAGUUCUGUCUUUGGAGCGGGAAGUUGGCGCCAUUCUGUCCAGCCUGGGUGGAAGCGCCUUGUCUCUGCCUGGCCUGAGCGAGGAGGCUGAAAAGAAUGCUAAGCUGUAA